AUGGCUAUUCGUUUUCCUGCUAUUGCACAUGCUAAGCAGAUUCUUCGUCGAUCAAACUUGCUUCCAAAUCAAUCUGCUUCAAGUUUUACAGAUGUUCCAAAAGGCCACCUAGCAGUAUAUGUUGGAGAAGGCCAAAAGAAGAGAUUCAUAGUUCCAAUAUCGUUGUUGAACAAGCCUUCAUUUCAAGAAUUGCUAAGAAAGUCUGAGGAAGAGUUUGGAUUCAAUCAUCCAAUGGGUGGUAUUACAAUUCCAUGCAGAGAAGACAUCUUUGUCAGCUUACUUCACGUUUGAAUCGAUCAUGACCUGUAAAAUAAUCAAAGGCAAUUUUGUACAUUGUUAACAUUAAUUUUGUUCUUUCACAAUGAGAUUUAAAGAUAAAUAUAGUUCUUGAAUGUUACUCUA